AAAUAAUUUAAACAGAAAAUGAAGUAAACUUAAUCAUUUGCUUCCAUAAAUAUUUUUCAUUUCUGUGCACAUGAAAGAGCUGGAUACAAAGUUUGUAUUGUCUGUUUGCUAGAAGGCAUUGGAAAUUACAACAAGAUGAAUAAUGGCCUCUGGAGUAUCUGAGAAACUGAAACCGUCAAAGGGAUACAAACCCCACGAAGGCAUGCUCUUAAGAAGGAUGGUUGGCCACAUUUAACACUAGAACAGGCAUGAGAUGCUUGUAACCUAGUUUCAACAGUGUUCACAAAAUGGCCAUGGAACAGAGGCAUGAUUCAUCUCAUAAGAAUGACUUAUUUGAAGGUAUUAGUAAGGUCUAUCGAUUCUGGACUUGAAGGCCAAUAGAAUAAAUAAUCAAAGAUAGUCCUUUUGCAUCAAGAUGCAUAGAUUUGCAUUUAUUUAUACUUACAGUUCUAUAGCAAAUUUCGUGUGUGAUUUAAAAGGUGAUACGAGGGAAAAUAUAAACUUUCACAAGAGAACUAUAAUAUCUGGAUAAGCUGAGCAGUCAGGGAAGUACUUCUAAUGGUUUCUCAUGCUCAACUAUAAUUUCUGUUGCGUGAAGAAGAUUUUGAGGGGAAGUCCAACUAAGAAAGCCACUUAAGGUUUCCGCAGUAUCAAGGUUGAUAAAAGGGGCACACCUUGUGACACGUAUGAGACAGAACUAUGUGCAACAUAUACUCCAAUCCGGUACAUCAUCAACUAUAAAGAAAUGAGGAAUUGAGGAUACAUAUAGUCUUAGAGACUUAUAGGGAUGAUAAUAGAGACUCUUCCCCCCCCCCCCUUUUAAUGAUGAUGAAAAUCCUUUCAUGAUGAAGAAACCCUGAUGACUGAUGAGCUACGACCACUAAACCUUAUGAAGACAACACCAUGCGAAAACUUAGGCACCAGAAUGACAGGGUUAAGACUUGACCCAUGGUUUUCAAAUUUACACACUUCACAUUCCCCCUCUAGCACCUGCAGUGGCGAUAAUAGACUUGUUUCAUCUCAAGUAAGUCAUAAAUAAUGCUCUAUAAUAAAUUUGAAAACCAGCCAACGCAAUUAAUAAGCUCAAAAUAAAAGUUAUAUAUCCACAAACAAGAAAGCAUUCGUUAUAUCAAUUAAAGGGAUUCAAAAAAGGGCAGUUCAGAUAUCCUGUAAAUCAGUAGCAAAUUAGUAGAGCGGCAAUUCAGAUAUUGGUUGAGUAUACCAAGUCCAGAUAAGGGAUUGUUUGCAUCUUAGUAAACAUCUGGGCUAUUGGUAAGUAAAAAGAACCAUAGCUAUGAAAGAAAGCUAAACACUGUACAUUGUAAUUGUGAUAACUGCAGUUACAUGAAUCCUGCAUCAGUUCCCUACACUAGAAGCUUGGUAAAUCUAUACUGCUGUGACAAUCCAAACAUGAUUUUCGUGAAUUUCAACACUGACAAGCAUUUGCCUCAGGAUCAAGUGGGAAACUAAGAGGCACACUUUAGUCCUUCAAUGUUAUGAACAAUCCUUUGAUUUCAAUGUAACAAUAUGUGCUGAUGCUGUUAUCCUUUGAGAUUGUAACUUCCAGAUCCUACGACCAACACUUGGACUUCAAUAUAGCAUCAUGUCAUCAAAGUUAAGCUUGUGAACAUUCCAGACCGUGUUUAGUAUGAUGGAGAUCUAAGAAAUACAUUAGAAGGCAGUAAUAGAGCUUGGUUAUAAUAAUGUGGUAAUUUACUCUUACCUGUACAUUGUAUUACAAAUAUCAACAGUCCUGUAAUCGAGUUCCAGAGCAUGCCAAGCAAUCAAUUCCUCUCCUCUUCCUUUCUUUUCCCUCAUUCAUUCAUGCUAUUUUACUAAUGGGCAACCCCAAAGAUUAAAAGGACGAAUUUCACAGCAGUUGAUGUUCAACUCCUACAUAAGCCAUGUAGAUUUCCUUCAAAGGAAAAAACAAAAAAAACUAUGUGGGCCACCUGAAGGUGCAGACAGCUUUAUGACACAUUGAUGACUGCAUAACAAUGAUUACUUGGAACGAGAUGGGCUUGAUUAACUUCAUUGUCAAAUCAAUGAGUGGCAAUGAUAACAUAAUUUCCCCCGAUCAUCCAACCUACACUCAGCAUAUAAUUUCCGUUCUUCUACAUUUCUUGUGCUACCUUAACUCCAGAGAACUUUACUGCACAGAUACUUUCAGAAGCUCAAGGUUUUUCCACUGCAAAAUAUGGGCUAUUUUUCGGAGUUAGACUUCUAAGUUCCCCGUCACCAACAGCCGGCUACCCCACAGGGGAUGCCGUCCCCUGCCACAAGGAACCAACAGAUAGAGGAGCAAUUCAUGAUGUGGGUAAGGUGGAUGGACACUCUAAACCACUCCCUCUUUGAGACCGCCAUGAACAAGGUCUACCCUUCCUUCGUGCUCACUGUCGACAAGAACCCCGCCGCCGGGGACUUUAGGACGAUACAGGCCGCCAUCGACUCCUUACCCAUCAUUAAUUCAGUUAGAGUAAUCAUCAAAGUGAAUGCAGGGAUCUACAAGGAGAAGGUGAACAUUCCUGCAACCAAGUCAUUUAUAACCGUAGAAGGAGCAGGUGCGGACAAGACGGUGGUGGAAUGGGGUGACACGGCUCAGACACUGGGGUCAAAUGGGCAUCCCAUUGGAACCUUCAACUCUGCAACUUUUGCUGUGAAUUCUCCCUACUUUGUAGCCAAAAAUAUUACUUUUAAGGUUGGGAAGUGUCCAUCAGGGAGCUCAUAAAUGGGCGGCCGCAAAUUGAUCAGCCAAAUGCAUGGGACCAACAUAAUAAAUGUCGUUACACAUGGUCAUAAAAUUGAUCAGCCAAAUGCAUGGGAAAUCUGCAGACCAAAAUUUGAUAUAUUGCGCCUGGAAAUGACAAUGCUAUCUUAUACACUACCAGCUCAACUUUCUUCCGUUUUGUAGAGCGGUCUCAUCACUGCAGUUACUAUUCUGGCAGGACCAGAUGUAUGGUCCAUGUUACUGGGUGACUCAAUCAUGGAAUAACCAGGUCCCAAUUCUUACCCUGCCAAACCCAUAUGCAAUUUCAAUAUUAAGUUUGCAGAGUGCUCUCAUUAUAAAGGAAAGACCAAUAUUCUAAAGCAAGUGUGAUAUAUUUUACUGCAAAUUUCGAAGUGGGCUAGUUCGUUUUGACGUUAUUAUACAGAUGCAAAAACAUAUAUACUUCUAUAGAUUCAGUACAACAUUUUUUUUUAACUUCAAUUCAAGAAGUUUUGAAAUACAAGUAUGUUAAAGAACACAAGAAGUUCAAAGAUAGUAGAAGGUACUGUUGGUUAUAUACUUGGAAAACCAUGGAUUAUAUCUCGUAAAGUAGAUCUUCUGAUCUUGGAAAUUGAAUACAAACAAUAUUCAGACUAAUGUACAGGUAAUGAUGCAAGGCAAAAGAAUCAAAAAUACAUUUACGUGUUACAUAAUAAAAUUAUUUUGGCCCCAAGCUGUGCAACAUGAUGUCAUGAACAAUGGGAACAUAAGAGAACAACUGAGACUUAUUCAUCCAUAAUAAUCCAAAGGUGAGCACGUCUAGAGAAGUGAAGAGGUGAUUCCCGUUGAUAUAUAUUACUGCUUAUAUAUAUAUAUAUAUAUAUAUAUUAACAAAACUACACCUUUUUGGGAGGCUUUAAUGACCAAAAGUACCCAAGGCUAAAACAGUUUCAUCUGUUCAAUAACAUUGGCACCACCUGAACUGAGCAUGUCUGAUGUCAACAAAUCUUUCCAAGCUUAUCUAAAUUAGUUACCAUCGUGAUACAAAUCCAUCCAUGUCUUUUCCUUUUCAUACCCCAGGCUUGACAGAAUGGUCCACCAAGCAGUAUCCAUAUAACUGUACCCUUGUAAUUAUUUUUGAAAAUUUCUCAUAAAAUUUCUACUUUUCUAAAUAUUUUUUGAACCUCUUUUUUAUCCUAUAGUGCAGCUAAUCACAGAUUUUUCCAAUGCUGUAUGCCACAUCAGGUUUAAGAAAAUGUUUCAACGAUGUAAGAUAUGACACGAUUUACAACCUUGACCAGCAAAAUGGAUACCUCAAGCAGAAACAUUUGUAUCUAAAGGUAAUAUUGUUUAUGCAUAACUCCAACUAUUUAAAAAAAGCAAAACAUAAGUGGAUGUCAAAAUACUCCAGAAAUGACAUCCUGUAUGUACAAAUCUUGAAUUCUAUGGAAACAGCAACACAUGGGAUAUUAGCGUUCAAGAAAAUGGGCUAAGCGCAAGAGGAAACUAGGCUUACAUACCCAUUGUUCCCAUUACAGACAUACCCAUUGUUCCCAUUACAGACAUUGACAAACAAAGAAUAAGAAAAAUGCUAGCUGAAGAACUGCAUAAGUACAAUGGGCGAUAACAUAAUAAGAUGACACUCUAUCAGAAUAACUAAUCAUGUGAAAGUUGAAUAACAAAGUUCUUUUGGUAAUUUGGAAAAGAACCUUGUCAAUAACAAAUUUAAAUUUGAUAAGCAAAUUCUGCAACUAAGAGAGGAAAAUCCAAAAUGACAUUUAAGGUAUCUUUAUGUUUUCAGUAGUCCUUUAUAUUAACAAAAUUAGGCAUCAUCUAGUUGCAGAGUUGUCUCAAAGUUAAACAAGCACCAAGACCUCAUUUGUGGCCCCAUAAUAAUGUAAACCGAGUAAAUUGAGUGAAUGUUAAUCCUAGUAGUUCGAAGUAAACUUAAAGCUCUUGAAAAAAAUAAUGAUAUGAAAAAUUUAUGUAAAUCCAUGAACCACCUACUACUUCCACACAGUAUGAAGCACAUGCACAUGGAUUCUUAAAGGGUGUAAAAAAGUGUCCCUCUGUCUUUCAUUCAUGGCAUAAGGUGCACAAAACGAAAUUCUAGUUAAUGAUGUUCUAAGAGAUUUUGAAUUACCAAUAAGAUAGAAAAUCUAUCCACUUCUCAUUAUUGAUUUCCUUCAAGUAAACAGCACUAUGUCUACUAACCGACCCCAAACUACAGUAUCAUACCUAUCAUAAUGUAACAGAUACCUCAAGAAAGUGUUUUAUACAUGUUGGUUCGUCCAUUGAAGGAAAAAUGAACUAUGCUUGCAUGUAGAAUUGUAGAUACUAGCAGGCAAAACCAUUUCAAGCAGCACAGAAAUGGACUUGGGUAUGUGUCUUUCUUGACACAAAAUACUGAUUCAAGAUAGACCAACUCAUGAAGUUUAGAGAUGAGCCAGCCAAAGCAUGGAUAUGCUUGAUCAUGGAUCCACUUAGGUUACACAAACUUUCAUGCAUUUCCAUUGCUUAUUUUGGGGAUCAAUUCAUAAUACAGUAAAGAAUUUGGGGCUAAGACAGUCUACUAGUGUGAGUUUAUCUGGUUUAAUCUCUCGAUGAAGAGGUCACUUUGCAAUCCUCAUACCGAUUUCAACUUUGGACCCCCCUUUGCUUUAACAUUUUUACUUCAUGAUGUGUUAUCUAGCCCUAAAUUACAUUAUUAAAUAAUCUUCACAAGUGACAAACAGUAGGCUAGAAAAAGAAAUAAGUCUGACAAAAACAGAACUCCAGUAUAUGAGCAACCUAAAGACGAAGCUGGAAAAGGACAUCCAAUGUAUCAAAAAAAACUUGCUAAUCGGAGGCUCAAAUUCACUGUCAGCGCUGGACAAAUAGUUAACUGCCAAUGCCACAAAGUAGAAUGAUCUUGUCGGGGGAAAUCAUGGAAAAUAACAUAUAAUGCAAAAAAAAGAAGAAGCUCGAGCUCAAGGAUAAAGAGGCCAGGUGAUGCCAACUAGGGCAAACAAACAGGAUAAUGGUGGUUCUGAGUUCUGACCCUUAACAGACAUACCCUGCAUGCUAUCACCAAAAAAUGCGCGUGUAUGCUAUCACAAAAAAAUGCGCGUGUAUGCUAUCACCAAAAAAUGCGCGUGUAAAUUAUCAAAGAAGCAUUUCUCUUAACAUAAAGCCUUACUAAUCGGCAAAACUGGUUCUAAAGGGAGAGAA